AUGCCGAAGCGGGAGCGGCUGGCGGGGGAGCCCGCGGAGGCGGAGGGCAAGCAGCGGAAGCUGGAGAGCAGCAGCAGCAGCAGCAGCAGCAGCAGCAGCAGCGGGGAGUCGGUGCUGCAGCCGUACAUGGGGGAGCUGGAGGAGAUUCAGGAGGCGCUGCAGCAGCUGGAAGAGGAGUGCGCGCAGCAGCAAAUGGCAGUGCAGCGGGAGUUCGACUUGGCGAAGAAACCCCUCUUCGAGAAGCGGCAGCAAACCCUAGAAAAGGUUCCAGGGUUUUGGUUUGCUGCUCUCAAAAACCACCCCGCCUUCGCGCUAAUUGCUGCUGCUGACGCGCCGCUGCUGCAGCACCUGAAGGCGCUGUUUCUCGACGACAACUUGGACGCCGCUGGCUCCUACAGAAUCAAAUUC